AUGUGUAUUUUAUUAGCAACUUCAGCACAUCCCAAUUAUCCCCUUAUACUCAUCUCCAACAGAGAUGAGUUCUUCGAACGUGCGACAAGCUCUACACACUGGCACGGUGACGACGACCACAUUUUGUCACCGGUAGACAUGGCGCUAAAUUCGAAGCUUGUGGCCAGCCAGGGCACUUGGUGCGGUGUCAAUAAGAGUGGGUUGAUAGCGGUAAUUUUGAAUUUGAAGACGAACCCAAACACGUCGUCUGGCGUGGACAAGAGUCCUUUUUCUCGUGGCUCGAUUCCUAUAGAAUUGCUCAGACGCAAAACUAUCAACUUUGAUGAAUGGGACGACUACGAAAAAUUCGCUCAAAAGUUUACUCCACUGAAAGACACCGGUCCGUUCAAUCUAUUCUAUGGAGAUUGUCGCUCACAAGAUUACAGGCUGAUCGAUUCGCUCGGUCAAACUUUUCUCCCGUUAACUCCUGAAGAUCGGUAUAUGGUGGUCUCCAACGAUGUCUACAAUAGUACCAAGAAAUGGGUCAAAAUAGACACAGCAGAGGCGCUUUUGCAUGAAUUGGUUGAAACAUCGCAAAAUGAUGACCUGGAAACCCUCAUUGAUAAGUGUCUCGUGUUGGGAUCUUCUUGCGUGGAAAAACAAGGCGGGGGUCUCUUGUCGAGUGUGAAACUAGGCAGCAAGGAACAAAUUUUAAGCGAAAACGUUUUCAUCCCUCCAAUCUUAGUGCCAGGCAAUAAUGACCUUGGCGCUUCCCUUCCCUGCGGCAGGUUUUAUGGAACUCGAUCCCAGAUUGUUAUAGUGAUGGACAAAAACAGACAACUUACUCUAGUAGAAAGAGUACUCCAUGAUUGCGAUAAAGAUGCAUCCCAAUUUUGCCCCACAAAUCCCAGGAAAGUUCUGGAGUUCAAUUUUAAUCUUAACGACAUGGCGUGA